AUUCAAAAUGAAGAUAUCCGAGUGCAAUCAUAUUCGCAUUAGAGAUGGUAAUGCCUACGGAGCAAACGUGGAAGAGUUAAUAAAAUUCAUCGAGAAGAAGUAUAAAAUUGAUUUUAGAUCUUUGCCGCAAUGGAAGGACCUUGUGAAGCGAUUACACGUCAUGACCACCGACUGCAAACGCAAAAUUGAAGAUGCAAAUCAACGCAAAUACGUUAUGAUAAGCAAAAUCCUCGUGGAGUCGACGAGAGACUCGCCGUUUGCGCUUACCGACAAACUAGCAAGAACAUACAACAAGUGGAGGAUGUUAGAAACUGCUCAGAAGAAAUCACGAAGAGUAUCUAUGAAACCUGAACCAGAUUUCUACCUACAUCCAUCUGAAGAAAUAAUCGGAGAAAUCAGUGAAAAUACAUCAAUUGCUCAUCAAAAUACUGAGAUAUUUCUGCCUGAACUUCUAGAGCCAGAACCAGUGGUCAAAUCUGAUGUAGAAACAGAAACCGAAGCGGUUGUAACAUCACAUCUACCUGUGAGCAUUUGUAUAAAUCAACACAAACUCAUAUCUCCUCUGCGGUCUCAAGAAGUAAUUUUCGAUUAUUAUGUCAUGCCUCAAGAGUUGGAAACGGUGGCUGAAAGAGAGUCUAAAGAAUGGUUGUUGUUAAAUCAAACUGAAUCAGUUAAAUGUUUCCCAAAAGAGAUUUGCAUUACUAACACAUCACCUAGUGAACAAAUCAUAAAAUUUUCAGUUGUCAAUUGCACAACGGAGUAUAUGAACAUCAGAUUCAUGUGUAUAACAGACGACUCGCCCUUUAAGAGAAUCAAAAUUAUACCAGCCACUCCUAAAAGAUUAUAUCCAGGCAUAGCUCUAACAUUUAAAUUCGUUUUUAAACUUUUUCAAAAUGUCGAUGAGUUUUCUUCCAUGUUAUAUUUUCGAGUUGGUCAAAAAGUUUUAGAAGAAGCACCCGUUGAGGCUUUAUGUAUUCCUAUUCAGAGCAAAUUUAAAUUAUCAAGACAAGCAUCCGUAUCAAAGGCAGUUCAUAUUCCGCCAGCAUAUUUGUGGCAAAUAAGAGAAGACAUGGGUUUUCCGACUGGCAAAUUAAAAAUAUCUGUCAAUGAUAGCCAUUCUUAUCACUUACACAUAACAAAGCGGAUAGUGAAUAUUAGCAGAGAGUGCCAAGAUAGUAUUGUGUCAAUAGACGUUAUAAGUCCUAACACAGAGAGUUUAAUUGAAAGAGUUGAAGAUAACGAAAUAGUCACGGAAAGCAAAAUAUUGGCAGCUUUAAAAGAAAAUCCGGCUGAAGAAAUUCAGUCUAUCAAAACUGCAGAUAUUAUUGCUUUAGUGGUGGAAGAUAUAGUAGACCUCGCUGUAGAUACGUUUGUGUUUGACAACACUUAUAAAUAUUUAGAACCACAUUCAAAAACAACGAUUAAUGUGUCUUUUACGAAACCAGAACGCAUUGGAAGCCACCACCAUUACUAUGACUUGGAGUUUUGUGAUACCACUACUGAUGAGGUCAUAAUAACAAAGAUUGUUAAAGUUUUUGCUGAAGUCUUACCGCACCCGAUACAAAUAUAUCCUCGAAUACUAGACAUGUCGAAAUCUCCCAUCACCCAUGGAUUUUGUGAAGACGAUAUUGUGAUAACCAACACACAUAGACUCUACCCUGUUACAAUUAAAUUUAAAUUGACCACGAAAAUGAAGAAGUUGUUCUGCAUUACACCUAUGGAAUCAUUAGUACCUGCUAAAUCAAGCAUGAAGUUUGCUGUCAAGUUGUGCUCAAAAGAUACCUUAUCAAAAGACACAGACGAGCUAGCUCAUUUUACAUUCAAAAUUAUAGUUUUAGGACACAAAUCUGUCUACCAUAGAGUGCCUCCAUUUUUCUAUGAAAUCAUUGCACCGUGUGCAUCAGAAUUUAAAAAGGUGUACAACGAGAAAUAUUUCAGAGAUGAAUGA